AUGCUAGAGGAAAGGGAGCCAACAGAGCCAAGUCUGGCGUCUCUAAUCAUCGAUGAAAAGACGGUUGGCAACGCCCGAGUGAGUAGUCGUGCCUAUGCAAAACCGGCUCAAAAUUCGACCGAAUUGAUAAAAAAUGGUCAUGUCUUAACCCCCGAAGGACGUGUAAAAGAGCAUCGGACCCCGAAUAGUCAGAAAAAUCUGGUCACCAUGACAACGGUAUAG